AAUUCAACAUUGCCCACACAUACCUAAUAUGACUUUAGAAAUCAAAUUGUAUAACUCUGAUAUAUGUUUCGUCUUAUAAAUGUUUCUGAGUAGUGCAAAUGUGUGGUAUAUUAAUGUAAUUUACUUAUCUUCUUUCUGGACGCUACACCUUAUAUAAUUAAAUGCAAAUCGUAUAAAUAAAUAUGAAAAUGUUACUGACAUCAUGUUUAUUUACCGUCACAAGAUAAUUAUUUACAAAUACAUUAUAACGCUUAUCGGUAAUUAUCUACGAUAAUUUUAUUCAUUUAUCACUCCGACGAUCCAACGAUCAGAAUAUGUUACCUAUUUUAUCGUUGUAAUAUAAAAUUUUUUAUUGAGAAGACACAGUGCGUAUUGAAUAAAACGUAAUGUUUUUCACUAUCUUCUUGGGACUAGUUUCAUUUUUAUUUUUAUUACACUGCUCUAUAAAAUACCGAAGAGUAACAAGAAUUCUUGAAGCACUUCCGGGACCAAAAGCAUAUCCAAUCAUAGGAAAUUUGCUUCAACUUCAAACAAAACCUGAUAAACUUUUCGAAGUAUUAUGUAAAACGGACGCGGAAUAUUAUCCAAUCUAUAAAUUAUGGACCUUUUUUAUCUCAACGGUAGUUUUACUUCAUCCGGAAGACAUCGAGGUGCUUAUGAAGAGUCACAAGCACAUAACAAAAAGUAUCGCUUACAAAUUAAUAAGGCCAUGGCUAUCGACCGGAUUGGUAACAAGUACAGGAGCAAAAUGGCAGCAUCGAAGAAAAAUUUUAACUCCCGCUUUUCACUUUACUAUCCUCAAACACUUUAUAGUCACUUUAAAUGAUGAGGCGCGGUACCUUGUAUCAUCAGUGAAAGAACAAGGAAAGGGAACUCCAAUUAUUAAGAAUCUAGAGGAACUACUGACCGAGCAUACGUUAAAUGCGAUAUGUGAAACUGCUAUGGGCACAUCUUUACAGGGGAAUGGCGAACUUGAGUUUAAAUAUCGCAAAGCCGUUCAUGCUAUGCUCGGUAUUGUUCCAUUCAGGAGUGUAAGACCUUGGUAUUUAUUGGACCCCAUAUUUGCAUUAUCACCAAAAGGACGAUUACAAGAGGAACUAUUACAAACGUUGCACGGUUUUACGAAUAAAAUAAUUGCAGAAAGAAAAAGUUUUCACGAAGAAACUAAUGGAAAAUAUUUAAAAAAUUUGGAAGAAAUUGAAGAAAAUAUCGACGGAUACGGCAAAAAUUACAAAAAUCCGAUGCACAAGAAAAAACUUGCCAUGUUAGAUUUACUAAUAGCAGCUUCUUGGAAUGGAAAUCAAAUCGAUGAUGAAGGAAUCAGAGAGGAAGUGGAUACAUUUAUGUUUGCAGGUCACGACACUACUGCAACGGCAUUGGUCUUUCUUCUGAGUCUUAUAGCUAAACAUAAAGACGUUCAGGAACGUAUAAGAGAAGAAGUGAAUAGUAUUAUGAACCAAGAAAAUUAUCAAAUGACGAUGUCAGAGCUUCAAGGAUUUUCAUAUUUAGAGAGAUGUAUAAAAGAAUCUCUUCGUUUAUACCCAAGUGUUCAUUUCGUGUCUCGUUAUUUAACUGAGGAUAUGCAGUUAAACAAAUUUUUAAUCCCAGCUGGUACGAAUGUUCGAGUUAACAUCUUUCAUUUACACCGAAAUCCAGAAUUUUGGCCCAAUCCUGAUGUUUUCGAUCCUGAUAGAUUUUUACCAGAAAAUAUUAGCAAACGUAAUGCGUACUGUUAUAUUCCAUUUAGCGCAGGAUUAAGAAACUGCAUUGGUCAAAAAUAUGCAAUGUUUGAAAUAAAACUAAUGGUUGCCCACAUAUUACAUAAUUUUUAUUUAGAACCAGUAGAGGAAUUGGACAACAUUAAAUUGAUAGGAAAUAUUAUUUUGCGACCAGCAACACCACUUCGUGUCAAAUUUAUUCCAAUUUAAUCAGAAAAAAUUAAAUUUCUGUUUUUUCUAUAUAACAUAAAAUAUAUUAUAUAAGACUAUAUAAGA